AAUGUAGACCAUUUAAAUAGAUGGUCGUCUAUAGACCAAGAUAUUCGUGCAAGUUUCAAGGAGGACGUCAAACACGAUUUCAAUGAUGACUUUGACUAUGAAGUAGGAACUCUUACUCUGCAACACAUUGAAUUGAGCUUCAGUUCUAAUUAAUGAAUUAGAAGACUUGCUUUGCAAAUCAUAAAGUGAAUUUCAUUAUUGAAAUAUUUUUGUUUUGGUCUUAAUCUCCGACUUUGAGGAGAGAUGUGUCCAAACAAAAGUUGUUAUAACUAUUGUUGAUUCCAAUAGUAUAAGACAUAUGAUCAAUAAAAAUAUGAUAUUUUAAAGAUUUAAUUUAUAAAAAUAAAUUGAAGGUAGGUUAUACAAAGGUGGUUGAUUAAAAAAGUUCAAGGGGCUGAAAUAAUAUUAGAAAAGGAAUUUGUUGGAUGAAAUUCGCGAGAUGAAUUAAAAUUAAAAAAAUCGAAAAUUAUCUUUUAGCUUCUCUCAAUCUCUCAACAAACCUGCAUAACAUUAAUGCUGAAAUUUGCAUACUAUCUAUGAAUGAGUUUUACAAUUCUAAGGUUGGGUGGCAACACUCCUUUUUAUGGGUUAUCAUUACAUUGGGUCUUGCCGGAAAUUCACCAACCAUGUUUCAUCGAUUAAUUUUCAUAUUGUUACCGCUCCAUUUCACUCUCGUUGGCGCCACCCAUGUUCCUUUCUUCACUCCAAAAUUUCCAUUGGAUCACCACCACCACACGGUGCCCUUCAUGCACACUUCUUCAAGAAUGCUUCUCUUCAAAAUUUGAACUUGGCUAACUAUCUUUUGUCUCUCUAUGUUAAAUCCAGCAACUUGAACCAUGCCCAUAAGCUGUUUGAUGAAAUUCUCCACAAAAACACUCAGACAUGGACCAUCCUUAUAUCAGGUUUUGCAAGAGCUGGCUCUUCAGAGCGUGUCUUCAGCCUUUUCAGAGAAAUGCAGGAAAAGGGUGCUUGUCCAAAUCAGUACACAUUGUCUAGUGUUUUCAAGUGUUGUUCAGCUGAAAACAAUCUUCAAUUGGGUAAGGUAAUCCAUGCUUGGAUUCUCAGGAAUGGGGUUGGUGGAGAUGUUGUACUGGAGAACUCUAUUCUUGAUCUUUACUUGAAAUGCAAGGCUUUUGAAAAUGCUGAAAGUUUUUUUGAAUCGAUGAAUGAGGCGGACAUUGUGUCGUGGAAUAUAAUGAUAGGUGCGUAUCUUCGUGAAGGAGAUGUGGAGAAGUCUCUUGAUAUGUUCAGGAACUUGCCUUACAAGGAUGUUGUGAGUUGGAAUACUAUCAUAGAUGGACUGAUGCAACAUGGUAAUGAAGGAUUUGCUUUGGAACAGCUCUAUUGUAUGGUGGAAUUUGGGACUGAAUUCUCUGCAGUCACAUUCUCCAUAGCUCUUAUUUUGGCUUCCUCUUUGUCACUUGUUGAGAUUGGGAGACAACUUCAUGGGAGGGUCUUAAAAAUGGGCCUCAAUAGUGAUGGCUUUAUAAGGAGUUCACUUGUGGAAAUGUAUGGAAAGUGUGGGAGAAUGGAUAAGGCAUCUACAAUUCUCAAAGAUGUACCUCUGAAUAUUUUGAGAAAGGGGAAUUUUGGAGUUAUUACUUGCAAGGAACCAAAGGCAGGAGUAGUUUCAUGGAGUUCAAUGGUUUCUGGUUAUGUUUGGAACGGUAAGUAUGAAGAUGGUAUGAAAACUUUCAGGUCAAUGGUUCGCGAACUGGUUGUAGUGGAUAUUCGAACUGUUGUAACGAUUAUAUCUGCCUGUGCUAAUGCUGGAAUUUUGGAGUUUGGCAAGCAGAUUCAUGCCUACAUUCAGAAAAUUGGGCACAGAGUAGAUGCUUACGUUGGUUCGUCCUUAAUUGAUAUGUAUUCUAAAUCUGGUAGCUUGGACGAAGCUUCGAUGAUUUUUCAACAAAUCAAUGAACCAAAUGUUGUCUUGUGGACUUCGAUGAUAUCUGGCUGGGCUCUACAUGGUCAAGGUUUGCAGGCAAUUAGUCUUUUCAAAGGAAUGCUGAAUCAAGGUAUCGUUCCAAAUGAGGUUACUUUUGUAGGGGUUUUAAGUGCAUGCAGCCAUGUAGGGCUUAUUGAAGAAGGAUGUAGAUAUUUUAAGAUGAUGAAAGAUACUUACCACAUAAACCCUGAAGUUGAACAUUACACUUCUAUGGUUAAUCUUUAUGGCAGAGCAGGUUACUUGAUUGAAGCAAAGAACUUUAUCUUUGAAAAUGGUAUCUCUCACAUGACUUCUGUAUGGAGAUCAUUUUUAUCUUCGUGUCGACUUCAUAAAGAUUUUAAGAUGGGAAAAUGGGUUUCUGAAAUGUUACUUCAAAGUGCACCGUCUGAUCCAGGCGCGUAUAUUUUGCUAUCGAACAUGUGUUCUUCGAAUCAUCAAUGGGACGAGGCUGCCACAGUCAGAAGUUUAAUGCAUCAAAGAGGGGUUAAGAAGCAGCCAGGUCAAUCUUGGAUUCAGCUAAAAGAUCGAAUCCACACUUUUAUAGUUGGAGAUAGGUCUCAUCCACAAGACAAGGAAAUAUAUUCAUAUCUAGACUCUUUAAUAGGAAGAUUGAAGGAAAUUGGAUAUUCCGUUGAUGUAAAAGUGGUUAUGCAGGAUGUAGAAGAAGAACAAGGGGAAGUACUCAUUAGUCAUCACAGUGAAAAACUUGCACUUGUCUUUGGUAUCCUGAGCACUUCCAAGAGGACUCCAAUUCGAAUCAUGAAGAACCUUCGCAUUUGUACCGAUUGCCAUAACUUCAUCAAGUAUGCGUCUCAUCUUCUAGAACGUGAAAUAAUUGUUAGAGAUACACAUAGGUUCCAUCAUUUUAAGCAGGGUAGUUGCUCUUGUGGAGACUAUUGGUGACACAAGAGGUAAAAUGUAUCUACAACUUAUAGUCUUGAAUCUUGAUGUUCUGAAACCACUCAUCAUAACUUCAUGGUGUGCAUGCACAUUUCAACUUAUCAGUCCAUCUGAACCUUUUGAGCAAUGACGUAAAAAUGUAGCAGGGGGAUCUUCAUCCAUGUUAUUGCUUCCAGGUUGCUUUAAAUCCAUGGUUCAUAUUUUCUAGUUUUUAGAAAUAUUUAUUAUAAAGAUCCCAACUCAUAUAUUGAUUUUGUUAUUAGAUGUUAGACUGACCAGUCGUUUCAAUCUCAAUAUCAUCUAUUAUAAAGAUCUCAAUAUCAUCUAUUUUGUUAUUAGUUUUUAGAAAUAUUUAUUAUAAAGAUCCCAACUCGAAGUGUUUAUGAAGUAGAAUAUCAGAUUUGAUGGAAGUUAUGUUCUUGACACUCAAUCAUCUAAGUCCUGCUCAAAACAUGACUCUGGUAUGUUUUAUGAUUGUUACUAACAAUGAUUUUUGUGAUA